GGAAAUGUAAAGUUGGGUGGCGCGUUACCGGGGCAACGGAAACGCCGCGACGAGUUGGCGGUCGCCCCAUCAGCGUAGCGAUUGUUGAAACCUUUCAAAUAUUAAGACAUAUACAAGAGUUGUUGGCGUAAUUGCUGACUUCCUCUGCGCCGCGAUGUUUGUCUACUUAAGUAAAAAGAUCUCUAUCCCAAAUAGCACCAAGCUGCGUUGUGUCGCCUGGAAUAAAGAACUGGGUUACAUAGCCUGUGGAGGGGAGGAUGGACUGCUUAAGAUUCUAAAGUUGGAAUCUCAGACAGGUGAAGAUGCUAAACUCAAAGGGUUGGCAGCACCAAGCAACCUGUCAUUGAACCAAACUAUGGAGGGCCACAGUGGUGCAGUGCAGGUAUUGGCAUGGAAUGAGCAUUAUCAGAAGCUCACUAGCAGUGACCAGAAUGGCCUCAUCAUUGUGUGGAUGCUUUAUAAGGGCUUGUGGUACGAGGAGAUGAUAAACAACCGAAAUAAGUCCAUGGUGAGGAGCAUGUGCUGGAACCUGGAUGGACAGAAGAUUUGCAUCGUCUAUGAGGAUGGAGCUGUCAUUGUGGGAUCGGUGGAUGGAAACCGUAUAUGGGGGAAGGAACUGAAGGGCAUACAGCUUUGUCACGCUGCAUGGUCGCCAGAUGGACGAACGCUGCUGUUUGGGAUGGCCAAUGGAGAAGUCCACAUCUAUGACAACACAGGCAACUUUGUGGCCAAGAUGUCGCUGCAGUGUCUGGCAGAAGCGACCGGAGUUGUGAGCAUCGCCGGGUUGCAUUGGUACGAUGGGCGGGAGGGCUUCGUGGACCCUGGCUGUCCCUGCCUGGCCAUCUGCUUUGAUAACGGGCGCUUCCAGAUCAUGCGCCAUGAAAAUGACGAAAAGCCUGUGCUGAUAGAUGCAGGCAUGACGGUGAUGAGCAUCCAGUGGAACCACUGCGGCAGUGUGCUGGCUGUGGCCGGAUCACAGAGAGCCUAUGGCCAGGAGAAGGAAUUCAACCUGGUGCAGUUUUACACGCCAUUUGGCGAGCACCUGAGAAGUCUGAAGAUGCCAGGGAAACACCUGUCUGCCCUAGCCUGGGAGGGGGGCGGCCUACGCAUUGCUCUGGGUGUUGACUCCUUCCUUUACUUUGCAAACAUCCGCCCAGAUUACAAGUGGGGCUACUGCUCCAACACGGUGGUGUAUGCGUACACCAAGCCUGAGCGCACGGAAUACUGUGUGGUGUUCUGGGACACCAAGCACAGCGAGAAGACGAUGAAGUAUGUGCGCAGCCUGCUGUCCGUGACGGCGUGUGGUGAUUACUGCGUGCUGGCCACACGCGCUGAAGACACUCAGGCACAGGAGGAAGGCGUAACUGAUUUUGUGGUUGAUAUGUACGUCCUGGUGCUGUGCAACUCUAUUGGAACUCCACAGGACUCCAAGUACAUUGACAUUGAACCUCUAUACGUGGCCAUGACACACUCCCACGUCAUCGCAGCAUCCAAGAACGCUUUCUACGUGUGGCAGUACCGUGUGGCGAAAAAAAUAACUGGCCUGGAGAUCAACCAAGUGGCCCGGUCUCGUCGUGACGGCAAAGAGAAGAUUUUUCACGUGGAUGACCAACCUACAGGAGCUGUUGAUGGCAUGCCGGACAUCAGCAAAGCAACAGUUGCAACUAAAGACCCAAUUUGCUGCAUCACAGCUUCAGACAAAACCCUGCUCGUGGCAAGAGAGUCAGGCACCCUGCAGCGCUACACUCUGCCCAACGUGGGCUUAGUGCAGAACUAUGUUGCCUCUGCCCGGCCAUACCGCCUCUCCCUCAACUGCAACUCCACCCGUCUGGCAGUGGUGGACAUCUCAGGCGUGCUUACCAUCCUCGACUUGGAGGCUGGCGGCUCACUGAUGGGCUCCGAAUCCGGCUCGGAUGCGGGAGAUGGUGCAAGGGCAACGGGGGCAGCCCCAGGGCAACCGCGGGACCCCAUAGGGUUCGAGCGCAAGGACGUGUGGGAUGUGCGCUGGGCGGCCGAUAACCCUGACCUGUUCGCGAUGAUGGAGAAGACGCGCAUGUAUGUGUUCCGCAACCUCGACCCUGAGGAGCCCAUCCAAACAUCUGGAUACAUUUGCAGCUUUGAGGAUCUGGAGAUCAAAUCUGUACUCAUGGAUGAGAUCUUAAGGGACCCAGAGCACCCGAACAAGGAGUGCGUGGCAAACUUUGAGGUGCGCUCAUUGAGAGACAGCCGAGCCCUGGUGGAGAAUGUGGGCAUAGAGGAGGCCUCGCAGUUCAUAGAGGACAACCCUCACCCUCGCCUCUGGCGUCUCCUGGCAGAGGCUGCGUUGAAGCAGCUGAACCUGGAGAUGGCGGAGCGUGCGUGCGUGCGCUGCAAGGACUUCCAGGGCCUCGAGUUUGUCAAGCGGCUGGGCAGCCUCCAAAGCCAGGCCAUGAAGCAGGCGGAGGUGGCGGCGUACUUCAGCCGCUUUGAGGAGGCUGAGCGCAUGUACCUGGACAUGGACCGCCGUGACCUGGCAGUGAAUCUGAGGAUAAAGCUGGGUGACUGGUUCCGAGUCCUGCAGCUCUUGAAGACGGGCUCAGGCGACGCAGACGACACCUUGCUGGAGCUCGCGUACAACGCCAUCGGCGACUACUUCGCUGACCGGCACAAGUGGUCCCACGCGGUGCAGUACUACGUGCAGGGGCGGAACCAGGAGAGGCUCGCCGAGUGCUACUACAUGCUGGAGGACUAUGACGGGUUGGAGAGGCUGGCUACGUCUCUCCCCGAGAACCACAAGCUGCUGACGAACGUUGCGCACAUGUUUGUGACGGUGGGAAUGUGCGAGCAGGCCGUUGCAGCCUACCUGAAGUGCAACCAGCCCAAGAUGGCAGUUGACACAUGUGUGCAACUCAACCAGUGGAACCAGGCGGUGGAUCUGGCUCAAACACAUAACAUGAAGGAAAUUGGCUCUCUCUUGGCCAAGUAUGCGGGCCAUCUGCUGGAAACGGGCAAGCGUCUGGAUGCCGUAGAACUCUACCGCAAGGCCAAUCGCUUCCUGGACGCUGCCAAACUCAUGUUCCAGGUCGCAGAUGAGGAGGCAAAGAAACGCACAAAGCCCCUGCGCGUGAAGAAGCUGUACGUGCUGGCCGCACUGCUUGUAGAAAACUACCACGAGCAGGUAAAGAACGGCCAGAGGGAGAAGAUCAAGGGCAAGCGUGUGGAGGCAUCUUCGGCUUUGGCAGGGCUCCUGGAAGAGGACGCGGCGCUAGAUGACAGUCGGCUGAUUGAUGGGGCAUGGCGGGGCGCCGAGGCCUACCACUUCUACCUGCUGGCACAGCGACAGCUGUGCUCCGGACAGGCCGAGAGCGCUACCCGCACCGCACUGCUACUGUGCGACUACGAGGACGUCCUGCCACCGAGCGACGCCUACUCGCUGCUGGCGCUGUGCGCCGUGGCGAGCCGUUCGUUCGCCACGUGCUCGCGCGCCUUUCUCCGCCUCGAGGCCCUGGAGGGGUUCUCAGAGGAGCAGCUGCGGCCGUACCGCGAGCUAGCAGUGGAGAUCUUCACGAGGCACGCGCCCAAGGACCCGCCGGCACGCGGCCAAUCCGACCCCAGUGCUGCCGCGGCAUCACUCGAACUAGGCGAGGAUAAGCUGCCCUUGUGCGUGGCUACGGGACGGCGCAUCUUCGACUUCCAGUUCUGGAUGUGCGGGGUGUGCAAGCACUGCGCCGCCGAACGAGACAUUGCGGCGCGUGCCGUCUGCCCACUCUGCCACAGCCCCGUCGCCUGACCGCCCCCCAGCUCACAGUAUCACACACAGUACUUGUCAACCCUAGUAAGUUAAGUGGCAGGCCGCCGAUGUUUAAACCCUUUGAAGGCAUGCUGAUUUUCGAAGCAAAAAUUGUAUCCAGAAAAAAAAGUUUGGUUAAUUUUUUUUUGUUUGCAAAGUGUUACGAUUACCUUUACAAAUAGCAAAGCAGCAAGAGAGUUCAAAAAUCGGUAGCCUACCGCUUAAAUCGAUAGUGUUGGAAAGUACACAGCAAUGACACCAGAGCUUCAUGACUAACUCUCAGGAUCCACAGAAACUCACAGAAGCACUUAACACUUGACUCAUUCAGUGGCAAUUCUGUAUGGGUUUUCAAAAUCUGAAUGCCCUUUGUAUGGAAGGUGGAAGGGCAUUCUGAAGUGUGUCUCGUGUUUUUGUGACUAUUGCGCAUUUGGCGAUUGCUGCAGUGUACAGUUAUAAUUUCAUACAUUCACUGUUUGUUUUCUUGUAGUCUAAAGGCAAAUUGUCUCAUGCUUGAAAAAUGUGCAGAUUUAUAGACGUGUAUUUUAAAAAAGUGUACAUAAUGAUAUUUUCUCUUUUUAAAUAACAAUAAAUAUCUUUAUUGUGCUGUCUUGUAUUCACUUACAAUAAAAAUGUAAAAGCC